CACAACUCAGAAUGAUGGCCAAACAAAAAAUUUUAACCCUGCAAGCACUUGUGAGAACUUCGACCGUAAAAGUGAUGAUAUUGCUGCUAUUACUAUGGUUUCUGGAACUGGUAUAGUUUUCAAUGCUGAAAAUGACAAUGAACUUGAUGGUGGCGUUUACAAUGACGAUGAUGAAAAUGAACUUGAUAAUGACAUCCACGAUGACGAUAAUCAUAAUGGUAGUGAUCAUUAUUCCUCUUGCUCUACAGAUGAUGAUUGGUCUACUAGUGAUGAUUCGUCGUGGGGUACUGAUGGUGACGAUGAUGAUAAUAGUAGUCAAAGUAACGUUGAUAAUGACAUUUCCCGACAUAAUCCUUUUCUUAGCAUCAAUAUGCCGGAUUUAGAAAUUCCCUUAAUUUCACAACGUACUUUUACUGUAAAAGAUCAUUUAUUGGCUGCAGUAGCUACGUCAGUUCGACAUCAUCUAACAUUUAAGGCUACGCUUGAUCAGUUAAAAUGGGUAAAGUCCACGUAUUAUAAUAAUAAUAUCCCAAUGAAUAAGGAGAGAUUUUAG